AUUGGACUCUGUCUCUCAACUGCAACAUGAGUCAAGUAACAAAAGGCACUCAUCCUCUGCUCGUGAAGUACCUAGAACAACUCGCCGCUCAUCCUCUUCGUACCAAAGCCUUUACGACAGCAUUUAUCUCUUUUCUCCAGGAAGUGGUUGCAAGCCACAUUGCCGGAGCACCAGUGAAAAAACCUUCAAGAAAUGCUCCGAUCCUCCAACAUCUUUUGGCUAGGGCACGAAUAGACACUAGAGCAGUCAAACUAGCGAUAUACGGAUUCCUAGUCUCCGCACCUCUCAGUCACGUCCUUGUCGGGUCGCUGCAGAAGUUCUUUGCCGGGAAAGUGGGAGUGCAAGCUAAGAUGGCCCAGAUUUUUGUUCAUAAUCUACUAAUCUCACCAAUUCAAGCGUUAGCAUAUCUGACUUCAAUGGCCAUAAUCAAUGGUGCACGAACCAAAGAGGGGAUCGCCAGGACAAUCAAAACUGGGUUUUGGCCUGUCGUGCGGACUACUUGGAUUGUAUCGCCGUUGUCUAUGGUCAUCGCUCAAAAGUAUAUCCCCUUGCCCUUGUGGGUACUCUAUUUCAAUCUCAUUCAGUUCCUUGUUGGGACAUACUUCAACGUGCGCGUCAAGAAAUUCAAGAGGAAGGAUAUUCGGGACUGACGCGGGAUGCUGAGCUCGACCUUGAAGAAAGGGCGAUGUUACUUGCUAUAUUUCCUAUGCAGACGAUCUACAAUACGAUAUCUCAUAAUGCACAAGAGUGGGACCCCAAAAACCCUUAUGCAUUACAGUAAAUAUCAAUCUUUUACAAUGUUUAUUGCUUACUGUGGCAGCGUAUUGUUCAAGAGCGAUUUUCCCUGCGCUGGUA